UAUAGCGUGGCGUCUGACGAUCAGAGGAUCUGAGCCGCUGUAGUGCUGUAAAUUCGGGUAAACACACGUUACUUAGUAUGACUAGAAUUGCCAAGCCAGUUCUCGCUCCGCUAGUCGUAAUCGUAGCAUUCGCAGAAUACUGUUUUGCAGCGAAUAUUUUAAUCCUUGGGUUGCCAUAUUACAGUCAUCUGGCCGGAAUUGCAAAAGUCGGGAAAUAUUUGCAAAGUCAAGGUCACGACGUACGCAUCACAAUUCCGCCUCAGUUGGAAGAGAGACUGCAGGACUGUGGUGUUAAACCAUUGCUUUACCAUUGUCUGGGUGAGUUUCCGGAACAGCAUAAACUGGGGAGAGCGAUGUGGAAAGAGGUUUUGGAAUCACCAUCGUUCUUUUCAACUAGUGCCAGUGAUGGACUACUGAUACUAAAUCAAGUUGCAACAAAAAUAAUCCGAGAUACUAAACUCCAAAAAAAUAUUGAAACUUUCAAACCAGAUUUAAUUUUGCUGGAUUCCAGCCGAAUUGCUGUAAUGUUAACUCUCAUACCCUACAAGUUAAAUAUCCCCUUUGCCAUGUUUGGAUCCCCAGCAUUCCCUCAAUGUACUCGAGCUCCCAUCUUGCCCACUGUCAUCCCUUAUAGGUAUUCAACCUACACCUUUCAAAUGACUUUCCUGGAACGUGUGUCUAAUACUUUCAUGAAUUUGGCAUUUUAUCGGCAAAGUGUCUUUAUUAAUUCGUCACUUAUUAGCGAAUAUCUUCCAGAUGAACCAUAUAUUUCGCUGAUAGAUCUUCAGGCUAAAGCCCAGUUGUGGAUCGUUCGACAACACAGCAUGCUUGACUAUAACAAACCUUUAAUGCCUAAUGUGAAACGAAUACCUCACUUGCUGGACCUCACACCAAAGCCACUUCCUCAAGAAUUCCAGUCGUUCUUGGAAAGUGCUGAAAAUGGUAUCGUCCUUGUCUCGUUCGGUUCCGUCGUACUAAAUUUUAUGCCAGCUCAGAUAAAGGACAAAUUGCUUCAAGCAUUCACACGAACGAAGUACAAAUUUAUCAUCCAAAGUUCUCUCCAGCAGAAAAACCAAUCACAUAAAUUCAUAUCCCGAAAAUGGCUGCCUCAGUUUGACUUGCUUCGCCACAAGAAAACAAAGCUCUUCAUCACUCAUUGCGGCUCCAAUGGCGUGACAGAGGCCGUUACUGCUGGUGUGCCAAUCAUUGGUUUUCCAUUGUUUGCAGACCAACCAUACAACGCUGUUAGCAUGCAAAAGAAUGGUUUUGGCCUCAAGCUCGAAAUCAAGUUAUUUUCCGUCGAUGAACUGGUUUCCGCAAUCGAGGAAGUCGUUACCAACCCGUCCUACAAAUCAAAGGUGGAAAAGGCAUCUGCUAUUUUUCAAUCCGAGAGGGUUCCACCCAUUGAAGAGGCAGCCUACUGGAUUAACCACGUGCUUAAAUUUGGCGGCGAUCACUUGAGAUCUUAUGCUCAAGAUAUUCCAUUGUGGAAGUAUCUUGGUUUGGAUAUCAUUGCUUUCUGUUUGUUUCUUUGGCAUGUUGUUGUUUAUUUAGUCAUAACACUUUUAAGAUGUUGUUUAUCUCGUUGUUGUGGAAGUAAACAAAAAGUGAAGGACGAAUAGCAUGCACAGCUGUCUACAGGACACCGCGAAAAUUGGCGUAGACUUAUGCCCUGUUUACACUACGCGCGAUAGGUGGUAACGGUUUCGGCUGUGCCACUUUUACAAGUACUUGAACCAAGCACGGAUAAAAAUGGUAUGAGUGCAGAGUGCAAGUUUUAUCCGUGCCCUACCAAAUAUCGCGCGUAGUGUAAGCGGGGCUUUAGCCUCAGUUCUUUAUAGUUGUACUUCAAAUUUUAUGAAUAAAAAGAUUUAUAA